CCCAGUCCAGCAGCAGUAAGUCAGUGAUCCUUUUAAACUCUGGAAAUCUGAUUGGGCGGAUUUGUGUCGAUGUGAAAAGAAGAAAAAAAGUUGUGUGACUGGCACACAAUUGACCCCAAAACAAUUUUUGCUUUUGAAGAGAAAAAAAAAACUAUUGGAUUUUUGUUCUAUUUCUCGUGUGCUUGGGUGCCUGUUUUUGUUUUUGUAGGACGCGAUUGAUUGCAAUCAUCGCCACACGUCAAAUCAAACUGGAUGUGGGAUUUAAUUGCAUACACACUUGAAAGUGACCCCUAGACAAGACCCACCUUUCACUCUCACCUGGACAUUUUGCCAAGAUUGCCGCUAUCUCUGGUGAGCGUUUGUCAUGGUCGGAACGAUGAUGCUCCAUCAGCAACAGCAGCAGCCACUCGCCUGGAACGCCAUGAGCGACGACGGCUGGAAUCCGAGGAGCCUGUCUAGUUUCCAGACGUUUCCACGACAUCCGUCACUCCCCGGAUCUUCGUCGUCUAGCAGCUCGUCUUCUUCUUCUUCCUCGUCAUCAUCUUCCUCUUCUUCUUCCUCGCCUUCGUCUUCCGGCGGCGGUGCCUCGCAUCACCACGCCCAUUCAAAGUCGCUGAUUGAAGACGACAAGUACAACAGAAGCCAAUCGGUUAAUAAUAAUAACAACAAAAGCGGAGCCAAACUUUCUAUGCUGCCCGGAACGACGCCGACUCACGGCCAUUCGCGCUCGCUGGGCCAAGCCGCCGAUUUCUCCGUUCAUCCGCAACGCGUCGAGCUCCAAACGCGACGCCAAACUUCACUGAACGGCCAUGGCAACGACGGCGACGAUCCGGACGUCGUUCAAGUGACAUUGGGUCACAACGACCGUCGCUUCGGCUUCUCUGUCGUGGGCGGGCUGGAGGAAGGUUUCCCGCCCCGCAUCGACGAAAUCGCACCAGGAUCCCCGGCAGACAAGGCGGAUCUGGAGAUUGGCGACGAGAUCCUCGAGGUCAAUGGCAAGUCGCUGGAUGGCGCAACUCACACUGAAGUCAUCUCGCACAUCCACCAGUGUAUCCGGUCGAGGACAAUCUGCCUGAGAGUCAAGCGGAAGAGCGGCAACAAAUUAGCUCAAGAUUUGGCGGCCAAUAGUAACGUGCAGGAUGCCUUUGUCAUCGCCGUGGAGAAACAAGCUCGUGAGCGACUGGAACGGCUUUCGGCGUUGAAGAAGAUCAAACCGGUCGACAUGACCAAACUUUCUCAACAGUUGAGUCACGAUGGCGGAUCGGCGACUCCCUCGCAGACUAACCGGGCAUCGCUCCUAGUGGCCGGCAAGAAGACGGAUGGCGGCGACGAUGACGACGAUGAGGAUGACGAGGUCAUCAGCCAAGGACAUCGGAGUAGCAGCCGGACGCCACCGCCGGCACAGCCGCAGACGCCCACCGUCAAAAGGGACGGCGUCCGUCUUUCGGUGACGUCGCCACCACCGGCCUUUGCUGGCGCCCUGUCACCUUCACCUUCGGCUGCCGUUUCGGUCAUUUCACCUUUCGGCUCGCCCAGUGGAUGGAUCGCUCCUGGUGGAGCCGCUGCCGCUGCCGCUAGUCCCGAGGCCGUCGACAAGACGAGCAGCGUCCACAUCAACGGCGAUCAUGUGACUCAGGUCAGGGUGGACGCCAUCGUUUUGACGCCAGAGUCGUCGUCGUCGAGUGGUGGUGGAGCUCCACCGCGGCGGGGCAACCCGAACCGCCAGCCGGAAGCGACGGCCGAUGACGAUCGAGAUGAUGACGACGACGAUGAUGGAGGCGACGAGAAGGAACAACCAGGACGAGAAGGAGAUCGUGACCAGAGCGAAAUGCUGGUGGCCACCCGAUUAGCCGUUUCGUCUCCUCAUUCGGCGGCCAACAUGAAAUCCGGACCCGGCAGCCGGGAAAGGCUUCACGUGACUGCCGUUCAAGUCGAACAUACCAGCGCCCAAGAAGAUUCCACGUUGAAAUCGGGCAAGCCGUUUGGUAGUCGGGAGAGCGUCAAGCCAGGCGGCAGCCAAUGGGGCAGCAGUGAGCCAUUAGAUCAACCAAGUUCGACAACGUCGUCCGCCAUGGGCGCCAUGAAUGGCAAUCCAUCCAUGCGUAGUAGCACCGGCGCAGGCAGCAGCCGAGGAACGAGCGGACGGAGUGUGGGCGGUGGCAGCACCAGUCACAGUAGCGAAGGAGGCAGCGACUGGACGACGCACGACACUGGGCCGCACAGGGAAAUGGCUGUCGACGUGCCUGACACGUUUGUCGGCCGCACCAAGACGCCGCCUCGUUACCCUCCGCCCAAGCCGACGGCCGUGGUGGCCAACAACACAACUUCGGUGCCCGUCAACAACAAUUCGCCCGGGCUGCGGAAGAAGGUGGUGACCGCCCAGGCCAAUCAAGUGGCUUCCAACGGAAUGAUGAAACCGGCUCCUCCAUCGCGAGAUCAUUUGCGAACGGAGGAAGACGGGCGGACAUUUGUCAUCAAUCACUCUGCUGCUCCUUCUGCUCUCCCCGCAUCUGCCCAGAAUUCGACACGACUCCAAGGAGGUCCUACCGAGCCGGAUCAACAGCAGACAACAAUUCCGGCCAAAUCCGUGGGCGUUGAAGUGGAUGUGCUCAGUGCCGAUCAGAAGGAAAGAAUACGAAAGUACCAGGAAGAGGAAAGGAGAAAACGCGAGCGGGAAGAGCGCAGUGCUCGUGAGGAGGAGUUCCUGCGCUCGUCGCUGCGCGGAUCGCGCAAGCUCCAAGCCCUGGAAGAGAGUACGACCAAGUCUCAUCCGGCAGGAGCCGCGGCAGCAGGAGCUAGCGGCGUGGUUAAUAUUGCUUACACUGGGCACGACGAAGACGACGACGACGACGCUGCCGACGAUCCCGGUUUCGCCAACGCCGGCCUCGCUUGGGCCGCCCUGGCGCAAAACAAUUACUUGCUCAACAGUGGCAUGCAGAAGAUAAUCGGUUUGCAAGACGUGACUGCCGCUCUGCAAAGAGUCCAGCAGCAAUUGAAGAAGAAUGGACAUGCUGGACAGGGUGUGGAGGCGGACUUGGCUGCCGUUCAGAGUCUUUUGCUCUCGCCGGCCUUCCGUUCGGCUCUGACGAUCCACUCUAAAGUGCAGGAAGUCUGGUGUUGUGGCCAGCCCACCUUGUCGUCUCACCAAAACGUUCAGCAACUCGUCACCGAGUGUCUGACCAGUCUGCAGCAGUGCGGUCUGCCGGAGGCGGUGGAGCUAGUGUCGCUGCUGGGUCGCUACGAAAUGGAAGGGCUGCUCUACGCCCACGAUCGGAUUGCUGAAGUCAGCGCCAUCAGUUCCGCCCCGUUGAGCGACGCCAACCUCAGUGGCGAAGACACGGACGCCAUGCCCGAAUCGGCUUUCAUCUCCUCGCACUUAGCGGGACACUCACCCGCCCACUCGGCUGGAGGAUCUUCGCAGCAUCAUCAAGACAGAACAUUCAAAGUCAUUUCCCUCGAGAAAUCCAACGAACCUCUUGGCGCCACUGUGAGGAAUGACGGCGAGGCGGUGGUGGUGGGUCGCAUUGUCCGCGGCGGCGUUGCCGAGCGCUCUGGUUUGCUCCACGAAGGCGACGAGAUUGUUGAGGUGAACGGAGUGGAAGUGCGCGGCAAGUCGAUCAAUGACGUCUGCGACCUGGUGGCUUCGAUGACGGGCACCAUCACUUUCCUCAUUGUUCCGGUCGGAAGUGGCUCGAUCGCCAAAUCGCCGCCUGGCGUCCUGCCGCCCAAUCCCGUGGUGCAUCUCAAGGCCCAUUUCGACUACGAUCCCGAGGAUGACCUCUACAUCCCCUGCAAGGAGCUCGGCAUCAGUUUCAUGAAGGGCGACAUCCUCCACGUCAUUUCGCAGGAGGACGCCAAUUGGUGGCAGGCAUUCCGCGAGGGCGAGGAGGACCAGACGCUGGCUGGACUCAUUCCCAGUCGAUCCUUCCAGCAACAUAGGCGAGAGGCGGUGAAACAAGCCAUGGUCAUUGACACGACCGAAAAUGAGAUCACGUCGCGCUCCAAGGCCGGCACUUUGCUCUGUGCCAAAAAGCAACACAAGAAGAAGAAGCGAACUAGUUUCAGAUCCAAUUAUGGCAAAGAAGACAGUGAAGAAAUCCUGACUUAUGAAGAAGUGGGACUCUACUACCCCCGUGCCAAUCACAAACGGCCCAUUGUACUUAUCGGUCCACCUAAUAUUGGCCGCAAGGAGUUGAGAGAAAUGCUGAUGCAGGAUUCUGAACGCUUUGCUCCUGCCGUUCCUCACACUAGCCGGACGAAAAAGGAUUCCGAGAUCAACGGUCAAGACUACCACUUUAUCUCGCGGACGCAGUUUGAGGCGGACAUUGUCAACCGGAGGUUUGUCGAGCACGGAGAGUAUGAAAAGUCGUACUACGGAACGACGCUCGACGCCAUCCGGACGGUCGUUUCGGCCGGCAAGUUUUGCGUCCUCAAUUUGCACCCGCAAUCUCUCAAGAUCCUCAAAGAAUCCAACCUGAUGCCUUUUGUCGUUUUCGUGGCGCCACCUUCGCUCGAGAAAUUGAGAGCCAAGAAAAGAGACAAGGGUGAAACUGUCAAGGACGAUGAUUUGAAGGAAAUAAUUGAAAAGGCCCGUGAAAUGGAGGAUGUUUACGGACACUUUUUCGACAUGGUCAUCGUCAACGGCGAGGAGGAGCGAACUUACAGCCAAUUGGUGAGCGAAGUCAACCGGUUGGAACGGGAGCCUCAAUGGGUGCCAGUCGUCUGGCUCGACCGUAACAGCAACGAUCACAAAUGAGGAUUGACAAACAAUUGAUAAGACAACCCCUGUGUGGUAAAUGAGGGGGCCUCGCCCUAUUCUUCUUCAAUCUUCCAUAAUAACCCCCCUCCCAAUCAGACGAUUGAUUUUUUUUAUUUUUCAAUUUUUAUUUUCGAAAAUUCCAUUAAAUUAGACAAAAAGUGAAAGAGGUUAAUAAUAAUUCGUCAAGAUGCAAAAAAAAAAUUCCGGUCUCUUUUGUCCGGUCCUUGUUUUCUCCCUUCGUUAAAAAGUCGUCCGUUGCUUAUAACAACUCGUUUUCCUACGUACGCCCCCCCCACUCUGGGAAACAUUUACAUCAUCCCCAUAUAUAUACAGUAAAUAUAUAUAUAUUAAUAAUAAUAAUAAUAAUAAUAAUGUUGAAAGAAAACACUUUUAAUGGACACUGAAAAAAAAACCUCCCUCUGUCAGCUGUAGCCGGCUAUGGAUGAACUUAGACGAUUAGGAGCGUCAAAAAUGUCGAGGUGGAGCUAAUCAAAUUCUUUAUAGUGACGUGCAAAAGAAAGAAAAACUUAAAUUCCUUUUUCUUCUUUAACUUAGAAAAAAACAAAAAAAAACUUGUGGCUUUAUUUUGAAUUUUUAAAUUUUCCUCCCUCGUCUUAUGGCCUUUACUUCUUGAUUGACAAAUCCCACUCCUCUCUCGACAUUUUCCCCCCUUUUUUUUCAAAUUUAAAACAAACAAAACAAGUUUGUCGAUAUGGGAAAAUUUGUAGCCAUUUUCUUAAUUGAAUCGCGCGCGCGUAGAGAUGGUCAAAUUAUUUUUGCUCAAGAGUUCGCACGGCGCGUAACGGGCAAGAGCGGGACAAAAUGCAGACAAGAAAAGACAACAAAUAAUUAACUAUCGGCGUAGUGAUAUAAAUUCCCUCUCUCUCUCCCAAAUUCAAAUACUUUUUCACCAACCAAUCAGAGAAGAAGAAAAGAAAAACAACAAGACAAGAUUGUUGAUAAUAAUUUUCUGUCGCCCCCCCCCCGUUGUUUAGCAAAUGGUAUAUUAUAUAUAUAUAAACAUACAAUCUAUUUUGAAUGUCCCAAAAGUGUUUUCUUUUUGUUUCGUGGUCUCCCAUCCAAAUGAUUUUUUCAUCCCAUUUCUUUUGUUUCUCCGCUUGACAUCAUCUUAGAAAAUUGGAAAAAAUAAUUGAAUCCCCCCUUCCUUCUUUGUCUUCGUAUUAUCUUACCACCACUACCAACACACCGUGUACAGAAUGAAUGUGUAGGUUUAUUAUUAUGCGCCUCUGUGUGUGUGUGUGUCGUGUGUGUGCGAGGGUUUCAACUGUUUUUAGGAAUUUUGAAAAGAUGGAAAAAGAUUUUUUUGUGGUACACCACUCACACACACACACACACAUCCUGUAAAGUUUGUUGAUCCUCUAUUUACGCUAUAUAUUGACAGAAAAGAAAAAAAUUCCCAAUCUUUUUUUAGAACAACAAAAAACCCGUUUGUGCCCAUCUUUUUCCCAUUUUGUUUCCAAAAACAACAAGCGCCCCACCAUUUUUCGUGUGCGGAUUUAGAAAUGUGUUUCGCCCUUCUCUUUUCACUUUGGUUUUUUUUUCGUUUUUUUUUUUUCGUGACGGAUUGGCCAACCAAAGUCUAUUUGCGUGUGUGUGUGUGUGUGUCCCGAAAAUUCCGAAAAUUUUCUAUUUUCAUCCCAACCCUUUUUAAUCUCUCCCUCUUUCUUUUUUGACGCAGUGACGACACACCCGAUCGACUCCUCUAUCUCUUUUGAAUGGUUAUUCUAUACAUACACUGACGAGAAAUGUG